ACGCUGACUUUCGGGGGAGCGCGGUGCCGCCGCGUCACAGUCGGUGACGAAAUGAUCCAUGACAAUAACUCCAGGGAAUCUGUCGGCUAUGGCGUUUUUAUAAAGUAGUCGCACAAUGUAGCGAGGCUGUCGGAGCGCUGCGUGUUCUGUAGUCGCAGAUCUGACUGGAGGAGUGGAUACCCUUAGAAAACAAAUGAUCCGGCCCACACCAGACCACCACGGAAAAUGGCGACUGUGAAAUAGAUGGAAGACGAAAGUAAAAAAUCGUUAAAUGCAGCCUUUCGGUAGUCUUCAGCUAUCAUCCAAGCCGCUCGGAGGGUGGCUAGGCACUCCCUUUGAAAUAAGGGGAGGAGCUGGACUAUCUGGGAGGGGCUUGGAGGAGAGCACCUGCACGUCGAGAGGAGUCUGUUGAGGUGGCCUGGGCUUUUGUUCCGAAAUUGUGCCGCGCCCCUCCGUUGAGCUAUCGCAACCCCUCACGACAACUACAGCCAGGACAACUAAAUUUUCUGAGGUCAUGGCGAUGGAAGUGUCAUGUCUGACAAAUGUUGAUGAAGAUGAAAAAGAUGCUGAUUCUGAAAUCCAUUCCUUCAUGCUGCUGCAACCUGUGAAGAUGGCACAGGAAUCAGCGUCUUGCACUGAUUCUUUUGACACGGCCUCUCUGAAUCAAAACAGUGUACUAGAUGUUCUGUCCAGCACAGAUAUGUUGUCUCCAAUUGGUUUGGCGAAUGGACCCUCUUUGCAUCAGGCUACUCAAGCUCAUGAACUUCACUGCCUUACCUCUGAGAAAGAGGAAGAAAAGAGCAUCACCCAGCUAAAGACUGUGCAGGAAAUAGACAGUCCUGGAAUUUGGGGAUUUGACACAGAAUCAACGGAAAACUCUUUGGACAAUUUCAAUAGUGCCAGUGACCUUAACUGGGACCCUCACAAAGAGUUUAUGCAGUUUCUUUUGGAGAACCACAACGACUCCCCUGUAGAGGAGCCUAAAGAGGAAGUUGGUCCUGCCAACAGUCAAAGAAAAAGGAAAAGGAAAAUGGACAUGGUGGUAAUGGUGGAUCCUUCAGAAGACCUAUACCCAGAUCUAAGCCCAAAACCAUCUGAGAAAUCAUCUGAUGCUGAAGGCCACUUAGACUCCAGCCCUGUUGGAGAAGUCAGUAAAUCACAGAAGCUCUCAAAGCAACAGUCAACAGCAACAGAUAUAGUUCCCAAGUACCCUAAUGGAACUGUAAAGACCAUUAAAGAAAUUUUAUACAAAACACCUGCAGGCAGUUCACAUGAGAAUAACAUAAAUGAUAAACUUCCAACACUAAAAGGGCGGCUGAAAGUAAAUUCUCAUUCACAUGGGAGACCAUCAUCGUACUCCUGCUCAAAAUGUAAGCUCGUGUUCAAGAAGGAGCAUCGCUUGCUCCGUCACAUGAAGACUCACAAUGACCCUCCAAGAAUUUCAACAAAGCCCUUUAUAUGCAGAGAAUGUGGCAAGUGUUUUAAAGUAAGUAAUUUGCUGAUUAACCACAUGUCCAUUCAUCGAAAUAAAGCAAGACUCACAGAAGACGUAAAAGACGCGAAUGAUAAGAAGAAAGAGGAGAAAAACGCAAAGUUUUUCUGCCCGCAGUGUCCAUUCGGUACAAGCUGCCCAAACACAUUUGUUGAACACGCAAAAACUCAUGAAAAGGACAAAAGGAAGUUCGAAUGUGACAAAUGCAAUUACAUGACUUUGAGUGACAGUGAUCUUAGGCGGCAUAACAUUAUGCAUACCACGAUUAUUAGAGUUAGAAAAAGAAUGAAUAGGAAUGAUAAUGAAGUUUUCCCAUGUAACAUUUGUUCGUAUAAAGCUUUUGGCAAGCAUGUUUUUGAGAAACACUUAAUGCUACGUCAUCAAAUGUCUUUUGAUGAAUACUCAGCAGCGCAGCAAGAUGAGACAAUUGCACAACAGUCCAGGGAGCGCAAGUCGCCUAAGCGUAAAACUCCACUUGAAGAGUUUACAUCAAAAGUAUCAGUGCAAAAUCAAAUCUCCAAAAAAGAAGAUUUACCUGGUGAGUCUGGUGGCGGAAUUUCUGACCUGUUCAGAAAUAGCAAGUUUAAGAGAGAUGCCAAGUCUCAGUUAACUGAAUCAAAGCUCGACAAAUCUAUUAAUGUUCUCCUGUCUCGUCAAAACCAUAAAAAGAAGGUUGGCGAACAAGAGGAAAGCAAUAGUUUUAGCACAAAUGAUCAUGAUCAUCACACUAACCCUUCCAAAAAUGAAAAAGAUGAUAGUGACGAGUCACAAGAAGCAACGCCAGUUAAGGUCAAGGAUACUGCAGGACUCUCCAAUGACCCCAAGUUGAAUUUGGAUCACUCAUCAGUCAAAAGGUCUCAGUCUAAACGAAAGAUGUCCACCCCUUAUCGCAACACCUCUGACCAAGACUCAUGUUUCAUUUUACCAAAACCUUUGCCGAGUCCUAAGAAAGUUAACAUUGAAGACACAUCAGACCUUGAUGAAAAGGAAAUGUUUUCAGUUAAAGAGUCUGAAGCAAACGGUAAUCAUUUUAGUGACGCGUUCAACAAAGAAAAGAAACACAUUAUAUACACGUACAGUCGGAGAAUGUCGAUGAGGGGUGCUCUGCAGGCGUCAAAAAAGCUGUUUGAGAAAAUCAAGACUGAAGAACAAGAACAGAAUGACUUUGAAAUUAAAGAAGAAUGCAUUGAAACAGAGGUAUUUCAAGAAACAUUCGACACCCACCAAAUCCCAUUGGGCGAAUCCCCCUCAGAGGAUUUGUCAGAGCUGGAACUGGACAGUAAGAAAUGUCCGUACUGCCCCGCCAUUUUUGAGUCUGGAGUUGGACUGUCCAACCAUGUACGCGGGCACCUUCACCGGGUUCGACUGAGCUACGAUUCACAGCAUGGCGCGCAGGACAUGGCUUAUCAAGAUAGAAGACCACGUAUGCGACGGAAGAACUCAGCAUUACGUCGACUGAAAAAAGCACUACAGGAUGAUUCGGAUUCUGAAACUGUGAGGACCAUUCACUCUUGUCCAUUAUGUGGGGACUCAUUUGACAACAGAACUGGACAGUCCAACCACAUACGAGGCCAUCUGAAAAAGCUUGGAAGAAACUUUACUUCUAAGAGCAAAUCCCCGUUAAUUUUACUCCGUGAGCUGAUGCGUGACAAGAAGGAGUGUCAGCGAGCCUAUCAGAUUCUUGGAAAAAGACGAUAUAAUUUCCAGUAUGGUGAUUUGCCAAAGUUGCCUGUUGUCAAUCGUUUCACUUCUUCUCAGAUGGGAUUCCCAAAAAGUAAUUCGGUUUCAAGCCUUAGCACUGAUGCCAAACAAUCGAUUCCCUCAUUUUCUGUAACAGAAAGCAAAUCUGAAAAUGGGCAGCUGGAAAAGUUGGAUGUUAAAAACUCCCUUUCAGGCACAACUGCUCUGAUAGGGAUCCUGAAAAAGAGGAAGCUUCAAGAAGAUGCAAGACAAAAGGGAUCCUCUCAGAUGUCAAGAAACGGCUUACCAGCUUCAUCAAGUACUGAGGAAAGUUCCGGAUCAAAGGUUGUAUCUUCACUGCCAAACUCUCUACCUGGUGAAAAGGGUGAAUUCAACAGAAAAGUGUGCGUCCACUGUAAUGCAACUUUCCACAGUGGAGUUAGCCUGUCCAAUCACCUUCGGGCUUUUGCUAAAAGACAACAAAUUGCUUUACUUGAAGGGACCACAAUUCAAUGUAAAGCGGUUCGGACACGUUCACGGCCUGGUUUGAAGAAGAAGACACUGCCCUUAACCCAGAGUCCGGAGGAAAUGUACCGGCUCACCUGCAGGUUCUGUGACCUCGUCUUCCAGGGUCCACUGUCAGUCCAGGAGGACUGGAUCAAACAUUUACAGAGACACAUUAUGAACACUGGUGUCCCUUACACUGGGCUUGGCAUGGCAGAGGUCACCUCGUUGUCCACAAACCCCCCGACCCUCAAGACCGAUCAAGACAGCCCUUUGUCAGUCGCACAAGCUGCCUCGUGAGGCCCAAGGGGACCUUUUUUCUAGAUUUCACUAGAUUGUAUGUACAUGUACAUUGGAUGUUUGCUCACUUCUGUUUUUAAACUCAAUGAAAUCCUGGCCAAAAGGACAACACAGCCCAAUGUUUUAGACAUUGUGCCUGUUUGAGCAUUUGGAACGGUUGAGAAAUAUUAUUUUGGAAUAUUGUUACCUUUGUCUCUUUUUACAUGGUCCAUUUUUAAGGAAUUCAAUUCCAAAUGGAUAGACUUAUUAUUUUAUGCAGUAAUGUAGUGUUGAAUCCAUUUCUAAAGAAGACAACUUAUACCUCAGAUUUUUCAUGGUUUUAGUCCAGAUCUGGAAGCACCUCCGUUCUGAAUCAACAUCGUCUUAGAAUACAGUCAGUCAGGUUUCCUUUGCACCGCAACACAACCCAGGCGACACGCUCUUAUCAGGUCGCAAUUAUGGCGAUAACAUGUUUUUACUUCAAGUGCAAAAAAAAGAAAA